AUGUCCCUGGCUGCAUUCCAUGGGCGCCGUGGAGGCCAAGCCGAUCCAGUCGGGUCUGAAGCGGCGGGUGUCAUUUUGCCUCCGAUGGCGCUCGCUCUCACCACCAUUCCUGCCAGGGCUGCCAUCCAGCCACCGACAUAUGUCUCGCGUGAGGACGGAGUGCUCGUCUUGUAG